GUGUCGGGUCUGGAGCCCGUUGUGCCCAAAAGCAGUGCAGCUAGAGAUCCUGUGGAGGAGACGGACAAACAUCCCAACCCAACGCCAAACACCCAGACGGACGAUGAGCGGACGGACGACAGCGAGGACGAAAAUUACCACAAAAAUCCUCUGGUUUGCAAGCUCUCGCUCGCUCUUCUGCAGCCGGGGUCGUCUGGGCAAAGCUCAGAGCCCAAGGUGAAGCUUGAACCUGUGGAUCCGCCUGUGGAGCCGACGGGACAGAAACAUUCAGGCGAGGCGGCGAACAGCCAGGUAGAAGAUGAAGAAACGGAGGACAGUGAGGACUACGAUGAGUGUGAAAGCAUAGAGUCCUCCCGGCUGUCGUCUUUUCUCCCCAUUAGGCCAGAAAAUGAAAUGGAGCAGAACACCAGCAAAAAACACGAGAAGACGAAGAAGGAGAAGAAGAAAGACGUCAAACUUCCACUUGGAUCAAUAAACCUGAGGAUCAAAGAGGUGGAAACCAUCGAUAUUGAGGAUGAUGAUGAUGGAGACAAAGCUGCUUCACAGCCUCAGCUGUCCAGUCAGGAUGCAAAGCAGCAGAAGAACAGAACAGAAGACGGAAAUGAAGCAGCAGUGAACGCCAUCAAGAACACGGAGCUGGUGGAGAUAGUUGAUAGUGACAAUGGAGACGGAGAGAAAGACUCAAAGUCCUCCAGCUUAUCGACUCCAAAGCCUCAGAGAUCUGACAGAGACUCGCAGCAAACCAACACAGAGGCAGGGAAGCUGUUGGAGAAUAAAACUCCCAGGCCUUCAGCUGCAAACACAAGCAGCAGUUUGCCUCCAUCUAAUAAACCUCAGCAUCUGUGUGAAGUGUGUCGGACGUACCACCAGUCCAAGAGGAUCCUGGUCAGACACGUGUGGAGCCACGUCAACAACCCGGGCUUCCUCUGCGGGGUCUGCCGGGAGCGCUUCGACUCCUCGGCCUCACUGAAGAACCACCUCCGGACUCACGCCAAGACCUACACCUGCAGCGUCUGCGGGAAGUCUUUCCUCAGCAAAACGGGCUUCCGGGGACACAUGGGUCGACACACAGGUCAGAAUAUGAAACGACAUCCGCCUGCAGGGGGCAUCCUGCCUGCAGGGGGCGUCCUGCCAGCUGGGGGCGUCCUGCCAGCAGGGGGCGUCCUGCCAGCAGGGGGCGUCCUGCCAGCUGGGGGCAUCCUGCCUGCAGGGGGCGUCCUGCCUGCAGGGGGCGUCCUGCCAGCAGGGGGCGUCCUGCCUGCAGGGGGCGUCCUGCCUGCAGGGGGCGUCCUGCCAGCAGGGGGCGUCCUGCCUGAGCAGAAGUGACCUGAAGCCAAAGACCAGAACCUGGACGUCGCCUGCAGAGGAAACCUGCGUCCCCUCAGGAAAAAGAACCAUAAAACUGGAGCAGCAACGUCUGAAUAUCAGCUCAUGCUGCUGCUGUUCAGCUGUCAGCAACAUCCAGGUACAAAAUAUCAGAACCAGAACCACCCGCAGUUCUGAGAACCAGAACUGCGGGUGGUUCUGGUUCUGGUUAAAGAAGGAAACGUGUUUUGGGUCUCUGUGUUUCUGUUACGUCUGAUUUGUUCCGUUCAUGUUUGAAGUUCUGCUGCUGCUCGUCGUUUCCGUGUUGAAACUGAGACCAAACUGCAGAUUUUGGUUCGAAGCUCCGGCUUCUCAUCGCUCCUCCUCCUCCUCACACUCGGGACGUUUCUUAAUAAAAUGUGACAAAACGGUUUCUGCAGAAUUUCCUGAAGUUUUUAAGUUUUAUAAAUGUUUUAUAUUUUUAGGGGAAUUUCUGAAAACCAUUACUUUUUUACGUUCCCAGGUUGUUUUGAAUUCUAUUUGAAUUGUUAAUAUUUUGAAUAAAUCCUUCAAUUUUUUAUUAUUGUA